AUGGUCCAGAACAAAGCUUUCAUCUACAAAUCCAUCCCGGUGGGAUGGCCGGUCGCGGGCAAAGACCUAACGAUCGAAGAUAUUGGGUUCGACGACGCCGCCCCACCACCAAAAGGGGGCUUCACAACCAAGAACUUCUACGCAGCAUUCGACCCGAGCCAACGAGGACGGAUGCGCGACCCCUCGAUCAGCUCAUACUCAGCGGCGAUGCAGACCGGCAAGCCCGUGACCAGCGUGCACAUUCUGGGCCGUGUGCUGAAAAGCGACCGGGCAGACGUCAAGGAGGGCGCGCUGGUGCUCGUCUGGAGUUGGGCCACCGAGUCGUUCUCUGCCGUCGGUCCCUCCGCGCAAGUCGAGGUCAUCGAGGAGAGGCCCGGCGUGCCCCUAACGGCAUAUCUCGGUCCGCUCGGCAUGACGGGCAUGACGGCGUACGGCUCGCUGCAUGAGAUCGGCGAGCCCAAGAAGGGCGACACCAUCCUCAUCAGUGCGGCCGCCGGUGCCGUUGGACAGGUCGUGGGCCAGAUCGCCGUGCGGGAGGGUCUACAUGUAAUCGGCUCCGUCGGCGACGACGCAAAACUCGACUUCAUCACGAAAGACCUCGGCUUCACGUCGGGCUUCAACUACAAAAAGGAAGACCUGAACGCGGCGCUGACACGCCUCGCGCCCAACGGCAUCGACAUCUUCUACGACAACGUGGGCGGCGACCUGCUGGACGUGGCGAUCACGCACAUGAACACGUUCGGGCGCAUCGUCGCGUGCGGCUCCAUCUCGACGUACAACAACAAGUCGACGUCGGACAACUACGGCAUCAAGAACUACGGGCAGGUCGUGCGCCGCCGCCUCAAGUGGCAGGGGUUCCUGGUGCUCGACGACAACAUCACCAAGUGGCGCAAGGAGCGCGACGAAAACAUCAGCAAGUGGAUCGCCGACGGCAGCUUCAAGAGCGUCGAUCAUGUCACGGACGGCAUUGACCGUGCCGUCGAGGGGUUUUUGGGCAUGUUGAAGGGCGAGAAUCUCGGGAAGAGUCUGUUGAAGAUUGCGGAGCCUGAGUGA